CACAGCGUCUUCCCUCCACACCACAACAACUCACACCCACUACCACCACUACCUCCACUUACCACCACCAUUGCCACUACAACCACCACCACUACCACCCACAACAACCACAACAACCACCGAUAAUCAUCACCAACCACACCCAACCCGCAUCCGAACCAGACUUCAGGAUCGAGGCUUCAGAUCUUUGUCUUACGUCUGUACGUUUUCACGACAGUGAUUAUUCGGAAGGGAGGAGACAGAGAAGCCACCGAACCAUAUGGAGUUUUCAUCAGUGUUCAGAGCCGCAAAUGGCUCUGUCCCGUCACCGAAUGGCACCCUCAUCGCUUCGAUAGUCCCACCGAAACUGGUCGUCCGCUCGGCUUCGACGUUACACGUACAACGGGUCAUCAACCUGAAUCCGAGGUUCGCGGCGAACGUCAAAUUCAUGAAGUGGUCGCCAGUGCCUAGCAACGAUGUCAUCAGCGCAGCGUGGAAUGGAUUUUGGUGCAAGAGAAGGAGUGGGAUCGAUAACUCGGAGGAGGAGGGCACCAUUACCCAACGGGUACUACUGGCAGACAGCGACAUAAUACAGGUUUUCGACGUCAAAGAUGAGAAAUGGACGGCAACAAUCAGCCAGGGCUUCGGAGGAAUCAAGAACGUUGAAUUCGGCAGGAAUGCGGACGAAGUCGUUGUGUUUUCCGAGUUCCAGCUCAAGGUAACGGUUUGGAAUCUCAUCACCUCGAAGCACGUAGAAAUUUCGCACCCAAAGUUCUCGAACAAGGGUUAUGGAUACCGACCGUUCACGUCGCAUUUUGCUAUCCUCACGCGUAGCGGCACGCACGAUGUGGUUUCGAUCCAUCAGAACACAACAUAUAGGGUCUGCUCGACAUUCACCCUACCGACGAUAGACGCACAGGGCCUCAAGUGGUCGCCGUGCGGGAGAUGGUUGGCUGUUUGGGAUUCGCCGACGGUUGGAUAUAGGGUUUUGGUGUACACGGCAGAUGGCCACCUUUACAGGACGCAUGAGAAACCGUGCGAAGGACUGGGAGUCAAGACGGUGGAAUGGAGUCCAUCGGGGGAUUUUCUGACGAUUGGAAGUUAUGAUGGGAAGAUGUGCUUCUUGAGCAACUACACAUUCUCACCGGUCAUCUCGAUGAACCAUACGCGCACCAUCAGGUUGCCCGGUGUCACUGUGUGGUCGGAGUGCGCGAACUCGGCUGGAAAGCGAUAUUACGACAAGGUCCAACAGCCCACCACGCUGCCAACCCUGCAGUUCAACCCAGCCGAUCCGACACCGAAAACGGGCAUUUCUGCGAUGGCUUUCAGCAAUCCCGACGGGACGCUGGUCGCGACCAAGAACGACAACAUGCCUAGCAGUCUGUGGAUUUGGUCCAUCAAACUUCUCCGUCCAUACGCUGUUCUCGUCCAUCUUAACCCGAUCAAGUCGUUCACUUGGCACCCAAGCAUCCCGGAUCUACUGAUGAUUCAAUGCGAGAAUGCAGGCGAUGAUUCGGUGGAUUCGUCGGGCGUGGUUUAUUUGUGGAGUUCGACAUGGAAGGAGCCGAGGACGAUCCAGGUUCCCAUGGAGAAGAUUACAGGUUCGAAUUGGGCGAAAUGGGUGGUCACGCCGCGGCCGUCGCGUAGUAACAACUCGAGCGUCGCCUCGUCGAGUCCGCAGCCCUACAACGGUCGGAUCGAUCGGAGUCACAGUCCGGGCGAUGAGGUUGAUAAGCGGCCCAUGAUUUUGUUUGGAGACAGGGAAGGGUUUAUCGUCGGAUACGUCGAGGACGAGCAGGUGCAGGAGGACGUGAUGGAGCAGGACGACAUGGAGAACCGGGGAUGGGCCAACUCGAACAUUGAUUGGGACUACUACUCUCCUUCGCGCGAUAUUCCGAAAAGAUCGCUAUCGUCGGCCUCUCAGAGCUCGAACCUGUCGAUUCCGGGCGCGCGUCUUUUCGAUGUCAACAAGUCGAGGGGUGGCUUGGGCGCUGUGUCUGAGCCAGCGAGGAACUCGUCGCCGAUGCAACAGGAUGCCGACGAUACGUUCGAUUACCGCGUCAGAAGGAAGCACAGCGUUUCGGUCAGAACAUGACGGCCGCGCCGAGGGAAUUCCUCACUAUAAUAUUUCCUAUGUUCUCAUGUGCUUUGAUACCGGUGUCUAAGGUGUAAUGAUUGCUUUUGCUUUAUCGGGAUUUUAUUUUUUUCCGCUGUGUUUUUUUUCUGGGGCAUUUCCAGUUUUAAAGUUGGUAACGGGUUGGGCAAAACUAUUUCUUAAAGUUUUCUUUCCUG